AUGGAGGCCAUGGCUUGCUACGUGCCCCUGAUGGGCGACGCGGUUGAGGUGAAGAAGCAGGCAGUGGGUGAGGCGGAAGAGUGGACGUACGCGGUGGUGGAGGAGUUCAAGAGCGGCCUGGGCUGGUGUGUCUACGACCCGCAGACCAAGCGCAAGAGGCUCGUCGACGCCAGCGCCAUGCGGCCGGCCACCCGAACCAUCGGCGACGACCAACCCACGCGUCGCAAGAGCGUCUUCGUCACCACCUUCAUCAUCACCCUCGUCCCCCCCUCGCCCCACAGAAGGAAGUGGCUGACAUGUGAUGACACCCAGGCCUCGUUGGUGGUCGAGACAGCCAAGUCGGCCCGGUCGCGGUGCGGCGGCUGCGGGGCGAAGAUCGCCGAGGCCAGGCUGCGAGUGGGCAUGAAGGCGCGCACCAGCCGCGGGCGCUACUUCGAGCGGCGGGAGUGGUUCCACAUGGCCUGCUUCGAGCUCGAGCGGCGCUGCGCGAACGCAUCGCGGGUCGAGGCCUUCGCCGGCCAUCUCGACCUCAACGACAGCGACAAGGACAAGCUGGCCCGCUUCGUGGCCAACAACAAGUCAAACAACAAGAAGAAGACGACGACAAACACGACUAUAGCUUUGGUCAAGAAGAAGAACGGCGGUGAAGGCGACGACGGGGCGAGGAACGAGCUGCAGGAACAGUUCGCCAGGGCGUGUCGAGUAGUCGUGGCUCAAUUCGUUAACGAAUUCAAGCAGCGGGCGUUCGCCGCGGGCCAGCAGGCAGAGGUAACCGAAGUAGAGGAGCAAUCGACGAUCGAGCGGGUCACCGAAACGAAGGUGGUGGUGUGCCCCGUGACGCUGCGGGAGAUGACGUGGGCCGACUGCCACGUCCACCACGCCGAGCCGGCGUUCGACCAGAUCGUGCGCUCCUUUGCUCGGGAGAGACAGCUCCCUCUGGUGGCGAUUCGCUAUCAUCUGGGCUCGUUCGUCGACCAGCGCCUGGCCCACGACUUCCACGAGUACCACGCGGCCCACUGUCGACUGCAGGCCGUCCACAAGGAUGCCAACCUGGGCCUGCUGAAGCGAAAGCGACCGCCGGAGCCAAACCUGAAAAAGAACGAAAGCGACAAAAAGCACGAAGGGGAGGGGGAGGGCGAUCACCAUACGAAGAACGAAAGCGAAGAGGCGCGAAGAAAGAGAAGAAAGAAAGAGAAGGACGCGAUGUACGAGGAGAUCAUGGCGGAGGUGGGCGACGACGAGGGCUGGGCAGAAGUCGACAAGCAGGCGCUCUGGACCGCGAAGCUGGGCGACAUGUGGGCCGAGCGCAAGAGAAAGAGGAACCUCAAGUGCGGAAGAGCAAAGGGUGUGGUGGGCGGAGUCCUAAUGCGGAUCCUCAAGAAGAGGAGGAAGACGAAGGCGGAGGAGUCGGCAGCCAGCCAGGUCUGCGCGGAUUGCGGCAACGAGCGGGCGAGGUUGGUGCACCUACCCGCCGCCAACCAGCGCGUGUGUUACGAGUGCCGGACCAAGACGUACGCGUCAAAGCAGUGGGCGAAGAAGAUCUACAGCCUUAGCGAACGCGACCUGCUCGGGCUCAUGCCCGAGGCCGUAACCAAUCCGAUUUCUCCUAACUUUGUGGAAAUGAAACUCUACGCUCACAGCGAUCUGCUCACCGUGGCCCGCGCCAAGCACGGCCCGGGCUUUGAGCCAAGUGUGCCUGCGCCGAUGUGA